UUCAAACCCUCUGGCGGGACCAGAAAACAAAAAAAUUGAUUAUUUGAAAAAGUUUAUUGUAGAAACAUAAAGGAACUGAGUCUGUGCUCCAGUCCUUUUUUUCCCCUGAUUGAAAUAGACUUCAAAUAAGAAAGUUAGAAUAUUCAUAGAAACUGAAUUACUAGAGCUUUAAAUUUCAUAAUCUUUGUUCGUUUGGAAACGUUAUUGAUCUUUUUGCUAAAAGUUGAUGCUUAUAUCAGGGUUUUCUCGAUGAGUAAAGUGAAAAAGAAUUAUGAUUCUGACAAGUCUGAAAGCGAGGAUGAACAGCAAAAUGGAAGGGUGAGCAAUAAAGGUCGCAAACAUGAUGACAAUGAAGGAUACACUUGGGAAGGAGAGUAUCAGCGCUCAUGGGAUAUUGUUCAGGAGGAUGCAGAAGGAAGUUUAAUUGGUGUCAUUGCAGGAUUAAUUAAUGCAGGAAAAAGAAAACGAUUACUUCGUGACACAACACCUUUACGAAGGGGAAUCAUUCGUCACAUGGUUUUGGUUUUAGACUUAAGCUCCGCAAUGGAAGAAAGAGAUUUUCAUCAUAAACGGUUUGAACUACAAAUUAAAUAUGCAGUUGAGUUUGUCAUGGAGUAUUUUGAGCAGAAUCCUAUUUCCCAGCUGUCAAUAAUUGGUGUGAAAGACGGUAUUGCUCAACGUAUAUCUGAUUUGCAUGGCAAUCCUCAAUCUCACAUUCAAAAAAUAAAGUCACUUCGCGAUUGUAAUGGAAACUUUUCCCUUCAAAAUGCUUUGGAGAUGGCCAGAGCUUCCUUGUCUCACAUUGCUUCUCAUGGGACGAGAGAGGUGUUAAUUAUUUUUGGUUCGAUCUUUUCUUCCGAUCCUGGUGAUAUUUUUCGAACAAUUGACGCCCUUGUUGCUGAUCAAAUCCGUGUUCGGAUUGUUGGUCUUGCUGCUGAGGUUGCUAUUUGCCGUGAAAUUUGCGAUCGAACUAAUAGUGCUUCUACGAAUGCGUAUGGUGUUGUUUUAAGUGAGCAACAUUUUCAUGAAUUACUCUUGGAGAGCACAAUCCCCCCUGCAACGGAUUCUUCAAAGACCGCUGACUCCUCAUUAGUAAUGAUGGGGUUUCCUUCAAAGGUAGUUGAGCAAUCCCCAAGUUUAUGUACCUGUCACUCAUUACCCUCCCGCGGCGGCUUUCAUUGUCCUCGUUGCAAAGCAAAAGUUUGCACAUUACCCAUAGAAUGUCCCAGUUGUAAAUUAGUUUUGAUUUUAUCCACUCAUCUUGCUAGAUCCUAUCAUCAUUUAUUUCCUCUAAAAAAUUGGAUAGACUUACCUUGGUCUGCAAAACCUACUUCAUCACAUUGUUUUGCUUGCCAGGUUCCAUUUCCUAAAGCUUCAGAAAUGUCUAAUCAGGAACAAAUGGCAUCUUCAAUGCGAUUUGAGUGUCCUUCCUGUAAGCAGCAUUUUUGCAUUGAUUGUGAUAUUUUUGCUCAUGAACAAUUACAUGAAUGUUUUGGCUGCCAAUGCUCGGGAAACUAAAUAAUGAAUUCAUGAACACGCGCGUUUUCUUUCUCUGCUGUUUUAUCCUGCCUACGCAUAAUACGGGUAUGGUUUGUUCUAUUUUCUCUUUCUAUGCUUUAUAAUAGUAAUCCUGUAACGAUAAAAUUUAUACUACAAUAGAAAAGCCAUAAUCUAAUCGACUUAUAUGGUAGAAUGUAAAAAGAAUUUAGAAACAUUAUAUCUCGAUAUUUAUAUUUCAGAGAUUAGGAGCUCAAUCAAAGUCAACGUUCGAAACAAACUGCGGAUUCUGGGUUUUCCACUUCUCAGCUAGAAAGGCAACCUUUUGACCGUACUUGCUUCCGCGAAGAGAUACCAUAUGCUUUUUUAUAUGGGUAACCACAGUCGAGCGAUCACUGGGCUGAGCAAGCUGAAUUAUUUGUUGG